UUUUGUCAUAAACAUUCAAACCACAAGUUGCAUUAAACUCAAACAGUCUCAUAAUACUCUCCAACAUCACUGCCAACGAAAAUAAAUCUUAACAAAAUGUUCAAAUUGAUUGCUGUUUUCUCUGCUCUCUUCGCCGUUGCCUCAGCCGGCUAUUUGGGAGGUUAUGGUCAUGGUUUGGCUUAUUCUGCACCCGCUUAUUCUGCCCCCGCUUAUACAGCCUCCUAUCAUGCUGUCGCGGCACCCGUAGUCCAUUCAGCUCCUAUUAUUAAAUCUUAUGCUGCCCCUGUUGCAGUGGCCGCGCCCAUUGUGAAAACCUAUGCUGCUCCUGUGGCAGUAGCUGCUCCUGUCAUCAAAACCUAUGCCGCUCCAGUGGCCACCUCAUAUGCCAAUACUUAUAAGGUAUCCGCUAAGGCCAUUCCUGUAGUACAUGCCGCCCCAGCAGUGGUUGCCGCACCAGUCUACAAAUCAUAUGCCGCCCCCGCUGUUGUAGCUGCUCCCGCCUACGGCUAUGGUUAUCAUCAUGGUCUAGCCAGUUAUGGUCACUCUGUCUAUCAUCAUAACCAAAUUAAAAAUUCCCACAACAAAAUGUUUAAAUUGAUUGCUGUCUUCUCUGCUCUCUUCGCUGUCGCCUCAGCUGGCUAUCUGGGUCAUGGUUUAGCUUUAACUGCUCCCGCCUAUAGUGCUUCCUACCAUGGUGUAGCAGCUCCUGUCUACAAAUCCUAUGCUGCUCCCAUAGUACAUGCAGCACCUGUUGUACAUGCUGCUCCAGUCAUUAAAACCUAUGCUGCUCCCGUGGCUACCUCCUAUGCCAAUACCUACAAGGUUUCCGCUAAAGCUAUUCCUGUGGUACAUGCUGCCCCCGCCGUUGUUGCUGCUCCAGUUUAUAAGACUUAUGCUGCCCCCGCAGUGGUUGCUGCUCCCGCCUAUGGUUAUGGUUAUCAUCAUGGUCUUGCCAGUUAUGGUCACUCGGUUUAUCAUCAUUAAGUCGAGGGGGGCAUACAGAUAAUCGACAAUGAUUUUUGCUUCAAAGCUUGCCCAGGACGACAAUUCUCAUGUGUAUGACAUUUGGACGAAAAUUUCAUAUUAUCAUUAAUUUAAUUUAAAUCAUCGAGACCUAUUUCUUUUCAUUUUGUCAUUGUUUUUAAUUUUUCAUAAAUUUUGUAAAUAUGUUGGAGAGUGAGAGAAAUGUUAAUAUUCAGAGCUUCAAGUCACUUAUAUUUGUAUAAAACCUUAGAGAGCGGAAACAGAUUUUGUUAUCAUAAGGAGAGUUGUAAAGUUAGAUUUUUAAAUUAGAGAAAUACCAGAGAGAGAGAGAGUGAGAGAGAGAGAGGGAGAAAGAGAAACACUAAAUAAGAGUGAGUUGCAAUUGAUGUUCUU